UUCUCACUCGAGCUCCACAGUUGUCGACCUUGCCCUUGGCCCGUUGCAUUUCAGCAACGUUCCACUGAGUCAUAUUAUGCAAUAGUUAUAUGUGCAUGUGAGACCAGUCUCUUCCCACUUGUGUCUGGGUUGUGGCAAGAGUUGGUCGGUAAGAAACAUGCCUCAAUACAAGCUGAUUUAUUUUGACCUUCCUGGGCGAGGGGAACUGUCUCGAAUGCUCUUCGCUCUGGCGGGACAGGAAUAUGAAGACGUCAGAAUGAAGUUCGAAGACUGGCCAGCGGAGAAAGACAAGUACAUCUUCGACAAAGUUCCUAUAUUGGAGGUAGAUGGGAAACAGUACGGGCAGAGCAUGGCUAUCGCCAGUUUCCUGGCCAGACGGUUUGGUUUCCAUGGCCGCACUGAUGUUGAAGUACUAGAAGUUGACCAAGUCCUUGGGAUUGUCGGGGACAUACUUGCAACCUUGGUUCGGGUUUUCAUGGAGAAGGAUGAAGCGAGAAAGGCGGAGAUUGUGACGGAAAACAAAGUAACUAACAUUCCAAGGUUUCUGGGCUUCCUGGAGACUGUGUUGAGAAAUAACAACACUGGAUACUAUGUGGGCGAUAAGCUUGGAUAUGCCGAUGUGGCUGCAUUUGAAGUACUGUAUGCUGCUGGCAUUGAACAAAGCCUGAUGGAACGCUUCCCAUUGGUCAAAGCCAACUUUGAGAAGGUCAAAGCUAACGAGAGAAUUGCCCAGUGGUUGGCCAAACGACCGCAAACACCAAAGUAAAGGAGAGCCAAUUAGCCUGGGAAAAGAACAACGAUAUCUAUAUUUAUUUUAUAUUCUGCCACACAUCAUGUCGACAACACAUAUUGAGCAAAGAGAGAGGAGCUCUGUUGUUCCACCUUUUAGUUGGAAUGGUGGAAAUUGAAAUAAAAGUAUGAAGUGCAA